CUGGCCACACCUGGUCUUGCUCUCUAUUCACGCGACUAACAACUUCACUAUGGCACUUAACUGUACAGUCAUACACAAAGAACUGCAGAAGUACUAUUUGUCACCAUCGUAUGCCAUUGAGUUCUGCGUUGGUUUCCCCGGCAACCUUUUGGUUGUACUUGGCUACAUAUUCUGUUUGCCACACUGGCAGAGCUACAAUAUUUACCUCUUCAACCUGGCAAUGUCUGACCUUGUUUUCCUGUGCACGCUGCCACGCCUUUCCUACCUUUAUGCAAAUGGUCAAAAAGAAACUCAUUCAUAUGCUUGCAUUAUAAACCGCUAUGUUCUACACGUGAACCUUUACUCAUCCAUCCUCUUCAUGGUUUGGCUUUGCAUGGAUCGUUUCCUGCUCAUUAAACAUCCCAUGCGAGACCACUUCCUUCAGAAGCCUCAAACAGCGCUGAUUGUGACGGGACUGAGCUGGAUGGCUGUCAAUGUAGAAGUGGCUCCAAUGAUAUCGCUCAUGUUUCAGGACCUACAGCAUGGAAAUUGGAGUUUCUGCAGAGAUUUUGCCAGUCUAAAAGGAAGUGUCAAUGCAUUAGGAUACAGCCUGGGUCUGACCUUCACAGGUUAUAUUGCUCCUCUGCUUGCACUAUGUGGUUUUACCUACCAAAUUGCACAUCUGCUCCAUGUCCAGGAAAGGGCUCUACAGAACAGGGCAAAACCCUACAAAAGGCCUCUGAGGGUAGUUGCAUCAGCAGCCGCCAUGUUUCUGUGUCUUUACACUCCUUACCAUAUCCUGAGAAAUAUCAAGAUAGCUUCUCGGGACAACUGGCCAGGACUGGACCUGUGUACAGGGAAGUACUACAUAGAGGGUCUGUACAUCUUGACUCGACCACUGGCUUUUUUGCACAGCGUCAUCAACCCCGUCUUCUAUUUUGUCAUGGGGGACAAGUUCAGAGAUAUCCUGUUUACAAAGCUCAGAAUGCUGGUCAGAAAGACAGAAUAGCAAAGACAACCAGACUGACCAAGUUCAACACCAGAUCCCAGCUCAUCAUAGCAAGUCCACACAUGUGACACAGCUGUCUUACAUUUUGUAUUUUGGUAAAAAAAAAAUAGUUUGCCUUGGUUUUCAUGUGUAUGAAUGUGGAUUAUUUUUGUUUAUUUAGGCUGAUUUAAACA